UCAUUUUGGUCACGUGUCUGAGUCAUAAGGGAAGUUUAUUUCCCAGUUACCUUUGCGUGUGGCUAAACAAAGAUGGCGGGAGCCAGCUCGGAUGCGAACGCUACUGUCACCUGCUGUCAUUUAUGAAGUGAUGAACUGAGAAGAGAAAGAUUGUCAUUUAGACGACGUAUUUUAUCUACAACCACUGCACUGCAACCAGAUUGCAUCGCAUCCGAAAAAGUCAAUCAAAAUGCCCUCUCCAAAAGCAAAAAACAAUAGUGGACGCAGUGGUAAUUCUCCCGGUAUCGGUGGCAACGGUCGUUAUGAGUUUAUGUCCCUUAAUCGGCGUCCCCAGAAUUUGUUGCAGCGACAAGGAUCCGACCCGACAUCAGCUAGACUACGCGCAUCUGAGAGCCCGACUCGUCGUCGAGGUUCGGGUUCGUCCAAUUCGUCUACCGGCGGACAGCUCCCGGAAGAAGACUGUAUGCGACUGAACCCAUCUAUCGUCGGCAUCGCUUUGAGUUCAUUGUUAGCCAUGGACUUGUGGCUGUCGAAGCGGCUGGGAGUAUGUGCCUGUGAGGAUUCCUCCUGGGGAAGUAUACGGCCACUGAUGAAACUGAUCGAGAUUUCUGGACACGGGAUACCGUGGCUUGCUGGCGCUGCUUACUGCCUCUACAAAAGCGAUAGCGCAGCCGGGCAAGAAGUCAUGCUCAAUCUACUUAUGGCGCUGGUGUUGGACCUGAUUCUGGUGGGCAUAGUGAAAGCGGUGGUGCGUCGCCGUCGGCCGUCCCACAACCGGAUGGACAUGUUCGCCACCUUCUCGGUGGACCGCUACUCGUUCCCGUCGGGCCACGCCACGCGCGCUGCCAUGUGUGCCCGCUUCGUCCUGGCCCACCUGGUGCUGGCGGCGCCGCUGCGGGUGCUCACGCUGCUCUGGGCCGCGCUCGUGGGCCUCUCCCGGGUCCUCCUGGGCCGCCACAACGUCACGGACGUGGCCUUCGGCUUCGCCAUGGGCUACUUCCAGUACAACCUGGUGGAGGCGCUCUGGAUGUCCCCCGCCGCGCUGCACGGCCUCAUGGGACAGAGUGACGUAGAGUGACGGGGCGGUUGGAGGACCACAGAGAGGAUGCAUGGUGGUGGAGAGUGCUGGGCCAAAUUUACAACUGAGAAGAGAGAAAAAACAAGACUGUACUUUGCAUACCGAGGUGUUUAUUGCAGACGUGUUUCACUUUAGUGCCUUCUUCAGUGUGCUCAAGUAAAUGAAUGUUACAACCUAACUUAACCUACCCACACCCUAACAUACACCCCCAUAAUCAACCAAUGAAGAUACAGUGUCAUUCAGUACAACAGUUCAAGUGAAUUGGCAUCAUGAUCUGCAGUGUUAGCCUCACACCCGAUGACAUUUCAUCAUUCUUUGUACACUUUUGUUCAUAAAUUCUGGUUUUUAGUUGAUGUUUUGUUUUGGCCACAUAAAGUAGCCCACAAGGACACAUCAAUAAAUACAAAACAAAUGUGCUUAAGCAGAAUAUUCUGCCUUUUACAUCCUGUGUGUGUUUGGCUGUGUGUACAACUUCUCUGUGAGCAUGCAAUGGCAUCCUACACAUUAAAGCACUUUUAGCUACCGUGUGGUAUUCUGAUAGAAAGACAUGAGACUGUGAGAACAGCUAUCUACAAAGAAAUUUGAGUUCAUUCAUUCACCCGAGCACACUGAAGAAGCCACUAUGUCGAAACACAUCUGUGCAGUAAACACUUUCCUAUCUUAUCUAGGAUCACCCAUAAAGUAUCGGGUGCAUAGUAAAGCUUCCUCUCAGGGCAGGACUUCCGAAUUUUGGCAGCCAACUUAUGCCCGUUGGUGAUAUCCAAGAUGCCCAAGUGCACCAGAGGGCACUGAGUGUCGACUGCUUCUCUUUGUAAUCAUUCAAUGACCAGAGGGGCCUAUGUAAUGUUGAGAAGCUCAUAUUUCCGUCCAGAUGCAUCUGACGGGUUAAUUUUCGACCGCAGUAGUGAGUUUGAUGAUUUAAUAUUUCACUAGACUGACGCCAGGGUGUGACACCAACAUCUCUUGAGAGGGAAACGUUCACUAGGCCGCGUUAACUGAGGUGACCGACUAGAUGAACGUCUCCAUCCACACUGCCCAAGUGCAUAGCUGUCCUCAUGGUAGGUCACGGCUGUCACUAUGGUAGGCUAUGGCUGUCCUUAUAGUAGGUCCUGCCAUUCAGCUUUUUAGGAUCUAAUCAUUUGAUUUCACGGACUUCAUGUAAACGCCCUUUGUUAGUUUGCUUUAUGGCCAUGAUCUGAGAUACCUAGACCUAGAUAAAAUAAAUCAUAUUUAGAACAUUGUUUCUCCAACAAAUAUUUUACAUGCAAAUAAUCUUCACUGUCUUUACCAUUGACAUUGCACUUUAAUGAUUGUUUAUGUGGAGAGCUACUUUACACUGUGCUCUACAAGUGAAUGUACAUCUUUCUCAUGCAGCAUGAAGCCCUGUGUUGUUCACAUUUCACUUUUGUACUUGUCAGUUCAUCUGACCUUGCUAUUUUUAUUUUUUUUUUUUGGUCUUCUUCAUGGUCAUCUUCAGAAGCUUUGGAUGUUCGCAGUGCAGUGCAUUCAUCCUGGUGAAAUGGCAUCUCUCUAACACCCAGAGGCUCAUUAGGGUGAAGUCAUUGUAAGAGUUGUGCAUCAGAAAGGGAAACUCAGAGCUGGUUUAAAUUCAGGUGCAGCUGGCUUCUCACCCUCUCUGUAGAACAGGUGUGUCUGUAGCUGGGUCCAGAAAGGGCUGGGUGGACGAUGGAGCGGAGAUAAGCUAUGCGUAAUGGGAUCUGGGCAAACUGCUGGACUUCUGCUCUGCCGCAACCCUCUGUGGUGCAAUUUCACCAGAGAGGGUUAAAGCGUAGCGAGAGGCGCAAACGUUCGACCAUUUCCGCGUUCUGUUUUAGCAAAGGGGGGGGGGGGGGGCAAAAUCCCCCUUUAAGCAGACCUAGAAAGUGACGUUACAUUUGAACUGAACUGCUUGCCGAUCGAUAUCCCACCAUGACGUCUUUCCUUAAGCAGACAGGAACUGUUUGAAUUUUGCUUCCAUAGAGAUGCAUUAUGUUGCUCUAUCUUGUCAGUAAUGAAGGAUCUUUGAUUUCACCAGCGUAAGAUUCUGAUAUCAUCCCAGCAACAUCCCGGAUUCCGUCCCCUAGCAAUAUCAUGGAUACCAUCCCCUAGCAAUAUCAUGGAUACCGUCCUUGCCAAAUCCUGGACAUUGCUGGGAUAGUAUCAGAAUCGUUUAAGGUGGUGGAAUUCCAUGAGUUUUCCCAUCACACAUGUUCUCACCACUGUGGUGAGAUGGAUUCUAUUCAGCUCACUUAUCUUUCUCAUUAGCAAUCCUGCUUCUCUGCUUGUGUGUGUGAGAGAGAGAGAGGGGAUAGAUGAUUAUGUUACGUAUAAAGGCCACUGACUCUUAACACCCCUUCAGUGAUUAUUAAAACUCUGAGUGCUAUCUAUUAUGCCUGCCUGAUCCUCUCUCCCACAGGAGAGGAUCGCGCGCGAGAAAGAGAGAGAGAGAGCUCCCGUUUCAUUAUAGCUCAUGGCCUGUCUCUCUUUUA